CUGUGCUCUUUCUUUCACAACACACUCCUUCAUUUUCUCACAUUCCUCUUCUCUUACUUCAUUUUCAUUCUCUCGACAAUGGACCAAUUCAACAACGUUGAUCUCGAAUUCGCUAACUUCGAAGAUUACGUCGAAUUCGAAUUCUCUGAUUUCGAAGACGAAGAACAACAAACCGUCCCAGAAAAUCCUCCUCGCCGUAACACCUACAAUACCGACUCCGACUCCGACUCCGACUGCGAAGACGAUUUUCAAACGAGUAAUGUAAAGACUGAUACUUCAGCUUUCGAAGCACGAAACGGGAAAGAUAUUCAAGGAAUUCCAUGGGAGAAGCUUAAUUAUAGUAGAGAUGAAUAUCGUGAAACUCGUUUGAAACAGUAUAAGAACUACGAAUGUCUCACGCGCUCUCGUGAGGACCUUGACAAGGAAUGCUUGGAAGUGGAGAAAGGAAAUUCGUUCUAUGAUUUUCAGUUCAAUACCAGGCUUGUCAAGUCAACAAUUGCGCAUUUUCAGGUGUAAGGUGAGCAGCUUGGGAGGACGUAAUUUUAUGCUGAGGAAUCUGUUGUGGGCAACAUCAAAGCAUGAUGUUUACCUUAUGCAAAACUACUCUGUGAUGCAUUGGUCCUCAUUACUACAAAGGGGUAAAGAAGUGCUUAAUGUGGCAAAACCGGUUAUUCCAACCCUUCAGAAGCAUUGUGGAUUAGCCCACCCUGUCUCGCGAGUGCAAAUUAGCACCAUGGCUGUUAAGGAAAACUUGAUGGUGGCAGGUGGUUUCCAUGGGGAGCUUCUUUGCAAGAAUUUGAAUCAUUCUGGAGUUGCAUUCUGCAGUAAAAUAACUACAGAUGAUAGUGCUAUAACCAACGCAGUGGAUGUUUUCCGCAAUCCCAGUGGGUCGUUGAGGGUAAUCGCAGCAAAUAAUGAUUCCCAAGUUCGGGUUUUUGAUGCAGAGAAUUUUGCUUCUCUGGGUUGUUUCAAGUAUGAUUGGUCUGUCAAUAAUGCUUCUGUUAGUCCAGAUGGAAAGUUGUUAGCUGUUCUUGGGGACAGUACUGAGGGCCUGAUAGCUGAUGCUAAUACCGGGAAGGUCACUGGAAACCUAAAAGGGCACUUGGAUUAUUCUUUCUCAUCUGCUUGGCACCCCAAUGGACAAAUAUUGGCUACUGGGAAUCAGGACACAACAUGCAGGUUGUGGGACAUAAGAAAUCUUUCCGAGUCCAUAGCGGUAUUAAAGGGAAGAAUGGGUGCAAUAAGGUCCUUAAAAUUCACAUCAGAUGGAAAGUUUUUGGCCAUGGCUGAGCCAGCAGACUUUGUCCAUAUUUUUGAUUCACAUUCUGGUUAUGUACAAAGUCAAGAGAUUGAUAUAUUUGGUGAAAUUGCUGGUUUAUCUUUUAGCCCUGACACAGAGGCUCUGUUUGUCGGUGUGGCUGACCGAACCUACGGUAGCUUGUUAGAGUUCACGAGAAAGCAUUAUUAUCAGUAUCUGGACUCGAUGAUUUAAGCAAGUAGAAUGCUCUCAAGAUGUACAGAGAUAUGAUCCAUGUGCAUAUCUACGGGAAGAUUUCUAUCUACAAUAGGUUUAAAAUUUGCUUUUGCAAGAUGUGUUUUUAAAAUCAUUUUGCCGUUGAACUUGGUGCUGCAAAUAGCAAAUUUUGCUCAAGAGAGCUAAUUUAGUUAAGGUUUUUCCUUUUGUUAGAGGUUGAAUAGUUUGAGUAAUUUUGCCUCCUUCUUUGCUAUUGUAUAUUUGAAACAAAUCAAACAUUAUAUUAUAGUAUUGCUUUGAACUUAUUUUCUCCAUCCAGUUUAAGGAUUUGGCAGAA